AUGGAGAUGUUAAAACGACAGAAAAAAGAAAAAGAUAAGACUAGAAAGUUUCCUGUAAAACAGCAUAUACCAGAGGUUCCAAUGGUGGAAAAGCACAAAUGUUUUUCCAGCGAAUCCUCUAUAACUUACCCUAAAGGAGAAUGUAUUGAAAACAUGGAAAGUGAAUUACAUUCUGCAGCAAUUGAUACUGAAGAGUACGAGCAACAGUCUGCUCAGACAACUGUAAUAGAUGCAAAAUGUAGUACAGAAGAUACAAAUAAUGUAGAUGAAGCUGAUGGUGGAAUUGAAAGUAUUUCAAAGAAUAUGCCACUGAAAAACACUAUGGAAGAAGAGAUAGAGAAUAUUAAAACAUCAAUUUCUACUGUAGAAUUAGAUGAUCCUCCAUCUGAUUCUCUCAAAAAUGAAAGUACAGUAUCUAGUCAAUGUCAGUCUAGUUUGAGUUCCUCAGAAUUGAAGAAUGCGACACAUGAAAGACAAACCACAAAAACAAAAUUAAAUUUUGUUAUGAAUAAAGAGGAUAUACAUGCUACUUUUAAAGAAGUUAUACCAUUUACAGACAUCCAGUUGGAAUCAUUAUAUAAAAACGAUGAAUUAGCAUCUAUUGAUAUGUUUAUUUCAGAAUUCACAGAAACUCAACUUAUCAGUAGUACAGUUAAACAGCAGCAUAAAUUAUACGAGCUUCUAAUGAAUUAUCUUCGUGCCAGAAACCAUUUAAUUAUUAACUCGCACGAACUGGAAGCACUGAAAAAAAGUUGUAGAGAAAUACAAAAGCAAUUAUGGCAAUUAGACAAGGCUUAUAUUACCGAAUCAGGGGAAUGUCAGGAUGGAAAUCCAGUUGUCGCUACUCACGAAUAUUCAAUAGCACGUUUUAACAGUCGAGCAUUAGUAAAUCUGUCUCGAAAUUUAUCAGCAAUAAAGGAAAUGUUGCACAAUACCCAGGCAUUAUAUUGUUAUGAAGCAGAAACAUUAAAAUUACAAAUUGAACAUUAUAUUCAACGAGUGUGCACUUCUUGUAAGGAAUUCGUAAAUCUUCCUCAAAAUGCCCCUGUAAAUCUGUUAUCAAUGCAUACAUCGUCGCAAACUGUUCCACAAUUGUUAGAAAUUAGAACGUGCAUCACAAUAUUAUUUAAUUUUCAAAGAAAAUUAUUAAAAGACGGGAGAUUUGUAACAGAAACUAGAGAUUGGCUUACGAAGCUAGUAGCUAUUUUAUUAAGGGUAGCAACCUGGCAGGAUCAUCUAUUUCUACUGAAUCAUAUUUUAAGAUGCCCUGGUGGAGUAAUGAAUUGGGCAUCUAGUUAUAUUCAACCUCCAGUACCACAGCAGUUUAAUAAACUAAGCAUAUCACCAUUGAAUGAUCCAUAUCUGGAUCAUGUAAUAGCUACCCUAGCUGUUAUUUUAUUACCGAUUAAAGAAAGGGAAAAAUUUAUUGAACAGGUACAACUAUCGUUGCAAGAUGCAUCGUGUAGUCUCAGUGAUACAGUUUGGGUUAUAUUAGAUGAAGAAGGCGAAGAAGAUGAGGAUAUCGCUAACGCUGGUGUAAACUUAUAUGAAAGUGACCUUAUUUCUUUGAUUCGUCAAAUUCCUUUUGAUAAAAUGUUUGAACAUGUGUUGUACAUUCAAUGUCAGAAUGAUGGUUAUCACCAGGACAAACGCUAUAUUACACACCAUCAUUUACUGCGACUAUUCGCAUUUUUUACAACUGUUGUUAAACUUUUGAAACAAGGACUAAAAACAUAUGAUUCUCCACGAUAUAGACAAUUAACUAAACGAUUAAGUGCAUUAAUCAGAGAUAUUGUGCAAUAUACUAGUGAUCAGUGGGAAGAAUUUGAUAGAAGCCAGAUUACUGAUGCAUCAGUAUUGUUAAAACUUCAACUUGAAUUCGAUUGCUUUUUUCUAAGAGCAAUUCUGUGUAUAUUUUCUUCGCGCCGCUUAGGCGCAUGGCAAUACUUAGCUACUGUUCCAUAUCAUUUAAUAUCGUCCAACACUUUGUGGCAGAUAUUUUAUAUUUUACACACUGAUUGUACGCAAACGGAUAUGUACAAUUCUAAUACAUGUAUACGCAAUUGGGAAAAUGAAUUAAACAAUCCUGAACUUCGUCAACAAUUCGAAGAGAAGUUAAGUACCAUGCCAGGAGAUGAAUCAUAUUUCCUUUUAACAACUUUUACCAAUAUGGCUAUGGCAAGAGUUGAGAAAGAUUACCAUUUCAUAAGGACAACGACUAUAGAUUUAUUUCAAAUCGGAUUUCUCAGUAAAAAGACACAACAUUCUUGCUCAAAGGAUGCUCGGUUUCUUUUAUCAAAUUUAACAAACAAAUAUCCUUCACUUUUAUCAGAUAUUUUACAGAAGUUAAGAGAUAACUUUGUGUUAGCUGGAAAGCUAAGUUUAUAUUUAUUUACCGAAUUGAAGAUAGAUAAAUGGGUUCCACAAGAGGAGGAUAUAAAAAUUCUUUCUGUUUGGUUGCAUCAACAUCCAUUAACAUCGACUGAAAAUCAAUUAGCUCGUGUAAUUCUUACUCAUUUAAAUUGGGGAUUUGAUGAGAAUGGUACUUUAUAUCUUCCUAUUAAUUUACAUAGACGCAUAGCGUUAUUGAUUGUUGAGUUAACGAUGAAAUAUGUACCUGAUACUUCCACUCAAGCAUCUUUAUUACAAGAAGGCGUUAAACAGGUUUCAUCGAUGAUUAGGCCUCAGAAUGCUCAGCAUCCAUUUUCAUUGUGGGCAUGGGAUGUGAUUUCAAGACUUAGAUUACAUCAACUUGACCAAACAGAAGCGCUUUGUCACAAUGCUCUUUUAAAUCCUGCUGAAGCAUUUUCUAAUGUACCUGAUAUGGAUUCUGAUUCAUAUUUAGAAAUUUUAACCAUUGGCAUAAGGGAGAAACAACCAAUUGCAUGUUAUGUAGCAACAGUUAUGACAUUAUGGGGCCACUCUGUACCAUUGAUAUGUUCAAAAGGUUUCAGCCAGUUACAAAUAUUACAAUAUUAUUGUAAAUAUGAACAAAUACUUAUAUGUUUGCAUCAUAUUAUACCAUUAUUUUUGGAGUGCGUUGAUUCAUUACUCAAAAAUGACAAAUUUAUUAGUUUGAUUAUGUCUCUAAUUAUGGCUGAUCGAUCCUACAUGAAAAUGGCUAAGAGUUUUAUAGCUCCUGAAUUCCCUGGAACGAUAUUGAAACAAUUUUCGAAUAUGAUACAUUCACAUUUAUAUAAUUUCAAAAGGUAUCAUUUACAAACUCCAAAGCAUUUUGUAUAUUUAUGGUUAAAUGUACUUGUAUUGAUACCAGAUUGGAAUAAAGAUCAAAGUAUAAUGUAUUUGAUGGACACGGUCAUUAGUGCUACAUUCUUUUAUGUAGAUGUAAAAUCAACAGUGGAAAAUGUGUUUCAUCGCCUUCUUUCCCUUACCAUACAGGAAAAUGAUGAGAAUACAUCUAAUCGAAAUGUAAUAGCAUCAUUUGGAUCAUUUUUUAAUUGGGUAACUGGUUCAUCCAAUUCAACUAGUGCCCUAGAAGGAUCUACUCAAUCAAUUUGGGUUGCUUAUCAAAUAUUGGUAACUGAACAAUAUAACAGAGAAAUUAAAACUGGAUUAUGGCGUGAAAUUCUAAGAGAGUUAUCAAUGCAGCCUAAAAUUUCACUGGAUACUGCUGUUAAAAAAGCUUGUGUUACAGUAAAAAUGCAACCAUUUGGAGCCAAUGGAUUAUUCAUAUACCGUUGGUCUCAACAAGCUCUAGAUACACCUAUGGAUCACCCUAUUUUGCCUUUGUUUUGGCAAAAUUUCUUUGCUUUAUUUCUUGCUAGAGUUCCAACAAUGCCAGGAGUUAUUGAUUAUUGUGGAAUUGGUGAAAAAUUCUUUGAGGGCAUGAUUAAUUUGAGUUAUUUAAAAAAAUUGAAAAAGCGAUUGUACGAUACGACUAUGUACUUCCAAUUAAAAGGCGAGACAGAUUUGGAUAAUGGGAAGCCAAUUACCGAUGAGAGACGAAUAUUUUAUUUUAAUGCAGCGAAAUUUUAUAAAACCUUGAGUUUAUGGCUUGAGGAACCGAGAUUACAGGAACCAAGCCUUUAUUUACCUGCAUUACCCCCACAAUAUAUGUCACAAAAAUUAAUACAACUUAUUCAAGACGAUUGGGCUCCAUGGUUAGAAUAUAUUGAUUAUUGGACAAUUCAACAAAAUCAAAUAAUGGCAGUUAAAGAAUGGGAGUAUAUGUGUUGUAGAGACCAAGAAAAUCAAUUUCCAAGAGAAACAGAUGCACCAACAAUGUUACUUAAAAUGGUUGAACCAUUACAGAGAAUUUUUAAAAGAUUAACUACAUAUGAACAUCCGGUUCCACCACCACUUUUAAGUCGAAAUCAAAUGGAGUUUAAUUGCUUACUUAAGGAGAAUUUAUAUAAUUCUACUUCUGUUGUUAACUUUAUUAAGCCAUAUUUUAAAGUAAUAUUAGAUUAUGCUCAAACGUAUAAUUUAUUGGUUUCGGAGCACACAGCAGUAGAUUCCAGUUUCUUGGAAUUAAUACCCAUGCUUUAUAAAGAACACGAGAACCAGGUAACACUGCAUGCACUGUGUGAUCCAGUAAGUCCAAAUCAAAAACAAGUUAGAUCAGGAACACCAGUUACUGUUCAUUGUGCUGGUCCAGCAGUAAUUAGAAUUAAGGCACCGGAAUCUCAUAUUAGUGAUAGUGUUAAUCACAUGAUAACACAAAAUAGAGCAGAGUAUGAAAAUUUAUUGAUAAAGGCUAGUCAGCCACCACCUAGUAAAGUAACUCAAGGAUGUGUUUCUAUAGAUCACUUAGUCACAAUGUUAGAACAUGAAAUAAGUAUAAGUCGCACGAACGAAAAUACAACGGUACUACACAAACUUCAGGAAAGUGGAAUUAAAUUAUUUUAUUAUCUCAUAGAUUGUUAUACAGAGGAAGCAUCGUUCUGUCCACCAACGAAACAACUUAUUACCACUUGUUUAGAAAAAUUAGGGCAAUCGUUUAUUAAUGGAGAGGAAAGUCAGGCUCCACAGUUGUUAAACACUAUAAUACAAAAACAAAAUCUGGGUGGUUUACUCGGACCUUAUUUUACACCUGUUGCUGGUGGUGCUUCGGCAUUGUUACAGAUGUAUCAAACCGUUGUUGAAUUAUCUACAGGCAUGAAUGUUGAUCUUUGUUUCGUAUUGUUAUCGAAAUUUGACGUAGGAUCUUGGUUAAAUUAUAAGCGUCCGAGAUUGAGUGAACGAUCAACAUUUAUAGACUUAGUAUCUAGAGCUCUUUGCAAUAUUGGUUUCACUCCACAAGAGGAAAAAUUGAUAUUACACGAGUUGUUUAGAAAGCAUUUACAACUUAUUUUGUUACAUAAAUUUCCCGAACACUAUGGUGAAGUUUUAAAUGCUGUACUAAAAAGUAGUGAAAGUCAAAACUUGUCACUAGAUGUUUGGCAAGAUUUAUUAAGAGUUCUUAGCGGCAAAUCAAAAACAUUUUCAGUUCAUUUAUCUAAAAUUAGAGAUGAUAUUCGUCACUAUGCAACUGAGCAAAGGCUUCUUUCUUUACAAGAAAUACAUGACACAGCCAUAUUAUUAAGUAAACAUUUUACGCAAGAACGUUUACAGUACGGUCUUUAUGGAUUAUAUCCAAAAUAUAGAGUUUACAUUGAACCAUUAAGCAUAUUUCUUGGCAUGGUGGGUCAUGCUCUUGUUGCGCUUACCCUUCAAUUUGAUAGAGGUUCUUUAGGAGAUCAACUAUGCGAAAAAAUAUGGCCUGUCUUAAAUGAAAUGUAUUCGCCAUGGGUUACACCAUAUUGGACUCGGAAUUUGAAAGAACCAACUGCUGCAUGGAUUCAACAGCUUACCGAUGAUAGAUCCGUUUUGUUACCAUGGAUUAUUACGGAUGGUUUAUUUGCAAACAAAAUUGUAGCAAUGUUUGUCGAAUGCAUCCGUUUUGUUCUUGAUACAUUGCCAACAUCCAAUAAAGUUCUUUGCUUCAUCUGGCAAUUUUAUGUGACUAAUUUUGCGCACGCAUCAGUUAAAAAUCAUAUUUUAAAUGUCAUUCAUGGCAAUUUUUUGACAUUACCAUGGGAUCGAUUUUACCCUACACUCAAUGAUAUUGAAUUCAUGGUAAAAGUGGUUGAUCAAUACUUACCUGAUAGUCACUUAUUUCUUGGAAGUAUAUUUACAUGCGUGAAUUGGACAGCUUGGAUGAAUGAUCUAUUAGCAACACAGUCAUUAUCGGUUGCAGCAAGAAUGCAUGUGUGUUUAUUAAAUUUAUUGGUGAAGUUAUCCAACGAACCAAAUGUUAAACAGAAUGACAAAGCACUUGAUUUGGUCAAUGAGGCUGACAAAUUUUCUUGGCAUCUACUAGAUGCAACAGCAUAUGAUCACGUAAUUAAUUGGUAUGUUAUGAGCUGUGAUCCAAGAGUUGUUCUUUCUAUUGAUGAUGGCCAAAAUAAUGCUAUAGAUACUGCUGUAUACAAUUUAUUAAAGAUUGCAGCAGGCUAUGACCCUGCUAUAACUCAUUUUCAUCCUACUACAUUAAAAAAGAGACAAAUAUACAUUCGUUCUUCGGUUAAACUGUUGAUCACCUGUUCGACUCGGCAUAAAUCAUUGAUAUCUACAUAUCCAAAAGCAUUUACCAAUGUACUGUUAGAAAUGUUAAACGAUAUGGAGUUUAUUAUUCUGAAUACUGUUUCAGAAUCACAACAAAUUGCAGAAGCAAGUUUAUUAGUAACCGAAUUGCUUUAUACUAUGAAUCAAAGUGGGUUACUUAUGGAAAAUCUCCGUACUAGCUGGACAACAUGGCUUGCAGAAAGGAGAGCCACUAAUCCAAUUCUUAUAGGUAUACUUAAAGUCAUGACGACAACAGUUACUUCAUCAUCUAUACUUGGAGAAUUAAUGGAGGCUGCUUUAGAAGCAUAUUUUAAAUUUAAUGCAUUCGAGGAUGUUACACCAACAUGGGCUUCAGUCUUAACAAUUUUACAAUCAGUAGUACCUAGACAACCACCAUUGGAAUCGUUAUUGAUUUCCGAAGGAAGACUUCUUGCUUUGUAUUCUGUUUUACUUAAGCGACUUCCGUUAUGUAGAGAUAUUAGGGAGGAAGGAAUGCUUCUUAUUAAUUUAAUUGACUGGAUUGCUACUAUUAAGGCAACGGAUAUAAACGAAGAAAAAUUACCUCUUUUAUGGGCUAAAACGUGUGAAUUAGCACACAGACAAUGUCAGUACAGUGAAAAUACAACAAUUGCUGCCAGGGCUCUCAAAGGUUUAGCACACACUUUAUUAACUAUAGCAGAUGAUGGAGGACAAGGAUGGGGAAUAUUAGGAGCAAUUGGUCUUAGGAAAGCUUCUCCACUUUCGAUUAGAUGUAGAUUUUUAAGCCGGGCAGUAGCAGUAUAUUGUUUGGCCCAAUUACCUGAAUCAAAAUCGGAAGAACAAUUAGUGAGAUUCACACCUUAUGCACCUGGUGUAGCAUCUACAGGAACAAGUGACCUCGAUGCCGUAGAAAUUCGGCCUAGCUCAGAAGCCAUUAAAGCAAUGCAAACUCUAGAAGGACUUGUACUAAAUAAACAAUAUUUGGAAUUUAAAGGUGAUAUAGAACGUUCUAUUAGAUUAAUCAGAGAUCCUGCUAAUUCUUUACAUAAUGCAACAGUAAUUAUAGGCGCAUUGACAACUGAACUUUAUAAUCAGAGAUACUUGCAUGUCUUAACAUAGUAAUUAAUGGCUUAAUUCUACAUAUAUUGUUCUUUACUGUUCAACAAAUAUUAAACUAGCUUUGUUGCAAUACUGUGGUAUAAUUUAAACAAACUAUACGUGUUUUAUUUUUUUAUAUAAAUACGAUUAUAAAGGUAACGCUUUGGUUUAGUUCCAAGAGUGUACAAAAUUUUAAGUUCUGUAUGUAAACUUGUAUAAAAUUAAUGCCUUUAUAAAAUAGAUUUAUUCAUUUAGAUAUUUUAUUAAUAUUAUAUCUGAAACAUUUUCUAUUGUAUUAAUGAAUUGGGCUUUCAUUUCAAUUAUAAGGGCUUUAAGAAAUUUUUAAUGGAAGGUGUUGAUAUGUUAAAGUGUACAAUUUAAAGUGCUAUUAAUUAUUUCCAACAAUUAAUACUUUGUUAUUGCUAUUUUAAUGCUAAAAGUGAUUUUCGAAUUAAAUAUUCAAAUUAUUUAUUGUAAUUAUAAAUAAGAAAACACUACGUUGUAAUAUAUUUUAUUAAAUCACACGCGCAAUCGUAGUUUCUUCAAUAUUUAUUCAAUAUAAUAAUAUAUUGACAUGCAACAAGUCAUUUUGUUUUUGUAAAUUAUGCACUGUAUAUUUCAACUGUUAUUAUGUUAUUUCAUAGUUUAUAUCUACAUUUUUACGUAUUUUAUAUACAUAGAGCAUUAAACAUAUAUUCGUUAAAUAAAUAACGAAAUCAAUGAAUAAAUGAAUGAAAGUUAUGCAAAUUAAUAUAAAUAAACCAGAAAUGUAAGUUACCACUGUAUAAUAUCAAUUUAUUUAAAUAUGUUUAUAUUUUUUGUGAGAAAUUCAUGUAUUACCUGUUAAAGAGUACAAUAAAGGUAAACUAUACAGCACAUAUUAAUGUAUGAAGAAA